CCAUUUCUGUUGUUUCUAGAUCAUAAUCUGAUGGCUCUGUCUCGAAUUUUCUCCCAAUCCCUCACCCGCCCUUCUCUCCGUCCCUCAAAUGCCCUAAUAACCCACCACCGCCACCGCUCCACCAAACCCGGCCACGCUCACCUCAUCGAGCUUGACAUCGACGCCGCCUCUCCAUCGCAGCCCGGGAUCAAGAGCCUCGAGGACGCCAUCCACAGCAUCAUCGUCCGCCGCGCCGCACCCGAUUGGCUCCCCUUCCUCCCCGGGCACUCCUACUGGGUCCCCUCCUCGCGCAAUAGCAACACCCCCGCCGCCGGCAUGAUUCAAGCCCUUCACAGACUAACUUCCUCCGAGGCGGAGCCCGCCACAUUGCACCAUGAAUUGUUGUCCGAGGACGAGCAGAUGUCCCUUUUAUCCGCCAAGGGUUGGCCUUCCUCCACUUAUUUUAUUCGAGGUACUUCACCGGAUCAUCCAAUCCAAAUAAUGGUACUCCCGGAAACUUCUAGCUCCAAGGAUGAACCUUGAACGUAAAUGUCAUUCAGUGUUAUUGCCGGGCACAUCAGGGUUUCCGUCGUUGCAGAUAUGGAAAGCAUGGAAAAGGUCAAGGUGGAAAGCAACUUUGAAGGAAGAAGCAGAUUGAAUUUGCAUCAUCAACAUGCCCUUGGUAGAGUGAAGAUAGUCCUUCAGUCUUUAAAACAUGCUUGUUUGGUAGUAUCUUGCAACUGAAUAGAGAAUGUAUAUUCUUAAUUAAGGUUAUUUAGUCAAUAGUUUUAUGUGGUCAGAAUUGAUGAAAGCUGGCUGAGUUGAUUAAAUAAAGAGCUCGUUUUCCACAGAA